UUGGCAUAUACUGGCUUUCCAUUCCAGUUUCUUUUCCUGUCCACAGCAAGAAUUACCUAUACACUUACAAACCAUGUGUCAAACCUUUCCAAAUGUGGAUGUGUAAUAACCAUCCUUGUUGGUUUAAACUCAUUUCUGUGAAUGUUGCAGAUGUGUAAACAUUUUUUUGUUAUCAGUACCAGUUUAAUUUCUGUUUCUGUGCUAUGCUUCAUGGUGUAGCUGAAUGGGGAGGCUCUGGAUGAACCCAGGAAGCUUACCUGGGUUAAAAUAAUGGUUUUUUGGGGGUAGGAUCAUUUGUAACUUGGGUGAGUAGUUUGUUCUGGCUUGUAGGUGGUUUCACAACCUGCUGCAGCUGGGCAACUGUAAGGAAGUGGCUUAAGCCAUUGUUUCCCGAAAGAAUUGGGCUGUAUGCUGAAAAGUGGAGAUGGCAGAUCUGGGCUUUAGCCAGUGCUUAUUCACUUGAUGGCAAUAAGAUAUGGCACGUGGCCAUGGCGGCUAUGAUUCUGAUUUUAGUGAUGAGGAGAAUGGAGAGAAGUCUGUGCAAAAGACUAAAAGUACAAAGGAAGAUAGCCUUCUGGUAAAGCCAUUCCAAAAACCAAAACAAGUCAAGGUUCCUCACAGACAAUUUGCAGCUGAAGAAUGGGACAGAGAAGAAGCAAGGAAAAGAAGAUUUCACCUGAUAUCGAUGGACGCAUAUUCGAGACAUAGGAAGUUAGUGAAUGACUACAUUUUGUACUAUGGUGGGAAAAUGGAGGACUUCCGACGUUCUGGUGCGAAUGACAAGACGGAUCUUGAUGUUAUAAGAGAAAACCAUAGAUUCCUGUGGAGAGAAGAUGAUGAAGCAGACAUGAAUUGGGAGAAGAGGCUUGCAAAGAAGUAUUAUGAUAAGUUAUUCAAAGAGUACUGUAUAGCAGAUCUCAGUAGAUACAAAGAGAAUAAGUUUGGAUUUAGAUGGAGACAUGAGAAGGAAGUAAUUUCAGGAAAAGGUCAGUUUUCUUGUGGAAAUAAGCACUGUGAUGGGGAAGAAGGCCUGAAGAGCUGGGAGGUGAAUUUUGGUUAUGUUGAACACGGUGAAAAGAGGAAUGCACUUGUGAAAUUGAGACUCUGUCCAGAAUGCUCUUACAAACUAAACUUUCAUCACAGGAGGAAAGAAGUAAAAGCAAGCAAGAAAAGAGGCACAGGCGUACGGAAUGCUAAACAACCAAAAAUUAAGAAGACAAAAUUGCCUCAUUCAGCAAAAAAGAAGUCAAAAAAAAAGACCCAUGAUGAUCAAGUUUCUUCAGAAGAUUCAGAUACUUCUGAUAAAGAUUCAGAUAACAGUGAUGCACAAGAUGGUCCUUCAGAUGCUGAUUUUUGGAAAGGUCCUCUACAAGAAGCAGAUGAAAAAUCACGAGAGGAAGAGUUUGAUGAAUAUUUUCAAGACUUGUUUCUCUGAAACUUGAAAUUGAUGUGGGUUGAUCUUUUUGUUGUUGUUGUGAAUUGUCAAGAUGAGUGUCUGCAAAUUCAGUCAUAAGCAGGGACCAGAGACCUCUUCCCAACAGCACGCCUUUUCUACAGUCACUCCAUAUGGACCAUCUGGGUGAAUUAUCUUUGCAGAAGGCUUCAGGGCUGAAAGCUUUGGGUUUUUUUUUGUGGUAGGCUUGUAUACUUAUGCAAUACAAGACAUAUACUCAAGAAAUACAAGCUAAAGAUUCAUGACACCCUAACAUAAAAAUAGGAAGAAUGUAGAAAAACGAGAAUACAGUUUAUUGACAGUGCACCACUGAAGAUGGCUGUUCUUUAUUCUAUCCCAAAUUUCAGUUACUGCCAGAUUUUGUAAGGACAAUUUUAGAUGAUUCUAUUAUUGGUUUUAAAACAUAUACUUUAAUAUAUUUGUAUUUAUAAUUUAUUAAACUAUAGUUAAUAGCUUUAAAUGUAUCAGUCAUCUAGACUUCAAUAUUAAGAUACUAAGAUAUUAAUCUCUGUGUUUUCAAAUACUGUCGGAGAAGUUCGUUUUAGUCAAGUAUGUAUUUUGCUUGGAAUUUGAGUAAACCAUAUCUGAAAUGUCUCCACUCUUCCUUAAAAAGUUCGUUAUGACCUUGGUUUAAAUUUUAGUUACGAUAUGAUGUGACUGAUAAUUCCACUCAUUAAUAAAAAUCUGAAUCAUUCUCAAUGUUGUUGACAUCUUUGAUUUAAUAAAUAGUGUGGCUUGCCACUGGAGAUACACA